AUGGCUACUCCCAGUCUUGCUCAUUUCAAGUUACCCGUGAUUGAAAACGAACCCAUGUUGUCUUACGCUAAGGGUUCUCCUGAACGUGCUAAGCUUCAAGCUGCUUUGGACGAAAUGAUCGCUCAAGGUCCUCAAGAAAUCCCUCUUGUCAUUAAUGGUGAAAAGAUCUAUACUGGAAAGACUGCUCAACAACUUAAUCCUUCCAAUCACAAGUCUGUCAUUUGCAAUUACCAUGAAGCUGAUGCUGCUCUUACUGAAAAGGCUAUUCAAGGUGCUGUUGCUGCUCAAGCUCAAUGGGAAGCUCUUCCUUUCAAUGAUCGUGUAGCUGUCUUCUUGAAGGCUGCUGAUUUACUUUCUCAAAAAUACAGAUAUAAGGCUAUGGCUGCUACCAUGUUGGGUCAAGGCAAGAAUAUCUGGCAAGCUGAAAUUGAUGCUGCUGCUGAACUUUGUGAUUUCUGGCGAUUCAACUGUAAAUAUGCUGAAGAAAUUUAUCAUCAACAACCUCCCAAGAAUGCUCCUGGUAACUGGAAUCGUGUGGAAUACCGUGCUCUUGAAGGUUUCGUACUUGCUGUCUCUCCUUUCAAUUUCACUGCUAUUGGUGGUAACCUUCCUAGUGCUCCUGCUCUUAUGGGUAAUGUUGUCCUUUGGAAGCCUUCUCCUUCUGCUGUGUAUUCCAACUACCUUGUAUAUGAAAUUCUCGUUGAAGCUGGUCUUCCUGCUGGUGUCAUUCAAUUCAUUCCUGGUCCUGCUGAAGAAAUCUGUGGUGUUGCUGUGAAGCAUCGCCAAUUCGCCUCUCUUCACUUUACUGGUUCCACUCGUGUUUUCAAGAAAUUGUGGGCUGAUGUUGGUGCCAAUAUUGACAAAUACGUGUCCUAUCCUCGUUUGGUCGGUGAAACUGGUGGUAAGAACUAUCAUAUCCUUCAUCCUGAUUUGGAUACCGCUGGUGUACAUCAUGCAGCUCUUCAAACCAUCCGUGCUGCUUUUGAAUUCCAAGGUCAAAAGUGCUCCGCUUGUUCUCGAUGCUAUGUUCCCAAAUCUCUCUACAAUGAAUUCAAGUCUGUCUUGCAAGCUGAACAUGCUAAGAUCACUCAAGGCCCUGUUCAAGAAUUCCAACACUUCUCUGGUCCCGUUAUCAAUAAGUUUGCUUUUGAUAAGAUCAAGGGUUACAUCGAUCAUGCUCAAGCUGAUGCCGACUGUGAAAUCAUCGCUGGUGGUAAGUAUGAUGAUUCAGUAGGUUACUUUAUCCAACCUACCAUCAUCACCGCCAAGAACAAGUUCGCUAAGACUAUGGUGGAAGAAAUCUUUGGUCCCGUCGUCACUCUUUAUGUCUAUGAUGAUGACAAGUUCGAUGCAACCUGUGCUCUCAUUGGUGAAAGUACUGAAUAUGCUCUUACUGGUGCUCUCUUUGCCAAGUCUCGUGAAUCUAUUGUCCAUGGUAGUAACUUACUUCGUAACUUCUCUGGCAACUUUUACAUCAAUGACAAGUGUACCGGUGCUGUUGUUGGUCAACAACCAUUCGGUGGUGGUCGCGGUUCUGGUACUAACGAUAAGGCUGGUUCUUGGACUUUACUCGUUCGCUUUGUCUCCAUGCGUACUAUCAAAGAAAACUAUGUACCCAUCACUGACUACGCUUAUCCAUCCAACUUGAUUUAA